GGGAGAAGAAACACGAGACACUAAAUAGUAUUAUUUAUUCAUAAACUGGUAUCAGUAACUAUGUAAACGAAAGAGUGCCCAAGAAAGAGUACUCAUGAUAACACCACACCAAAUGGGUCCAUCAUUCCACCCCUUUCUUAAUUACAUCAAAAUAAAAAACAUCUCUUAUAUUUUUGUCUGGCUCAUUCUCAGCUUUUAAUCUCAUAUCACACUCACUCUGUCUAGCUCUAGCAAAUAAAACCCAUUGCUCCUCUUCCAAAACAACCUCAUCCAUCUCCUUCCACCUCUAAAAAUCUGCAGCAUGGCCUUGUUUGCUUUUGCAGCAGUGCUUCUUUUGGCCUUCACCAGCUCUUCAAGUGCCACUUGGUGCGUUUGCAAGGAGGGAAGUGAUACCAUACUGCAGAAAACCUUAGACUAUGCGUGUGGAGCUGGGGCUGAUUGUAACCCUUUGCACCAAAAUGGCCCUUGUUUUCAACCAAACACUGUUAGAGCUCACUGUAACUAUGCAGUUAACAGCUAUUUCCAAAGGAAGGGUCAAGCUCAAGGUUCUUGUGACUUUGCAGGAACUGCCACUGUUACUGCAUCAGAUCCCAGCAGUGCAGGAUGUUCCUACCCUGCUAGCUCCAGCAGUGCAGGCACAGGAACAAGCAGCGGGACAAGCACACCUUCGUCUCCGUACAGUUCAACAGGAGGAGUGGUGGGAGAUGACAGUGAUGGUGGCCUUAUGAACACUGCUUUCUUCAUUUCCUUCUUUUCAGGCUUCAUGGUCAUUCUGUUUUGGUGCUGCUGAAAACUGUCUUCUUCUCUGUGCAUGACUCUCACCAUGUUAUUAUCAGGGACAAAUAUCUGAUGCUGUAUUUUACUGUGCAUAAAUCACUCUGUGUGCAUUUCUUCUCUUCUUCUA